AUGUCCACGGGACAUAUACUGCAAGUUAUCGCAGAGACAGUACAAGGAGCGGAACGACAGCAGCGAUACUCACACUUGCUACUCCUCACGAUGCCCAGAGUACAGCAAUCAUUCCCAUCGCUAGUCAGUGGAUGCCCAGGAAAGGACCACAACUCGUGGUCAGCUGGUCGCUCGCCCGCCCACAGUAAUACUAAUACAGUACAGAACACCAACACAGACGCAUGCGCAGGACAACAAACAGCACACGAUAAGCAUGCUCGUCAUCACCGCUCCUCGAUCGCAUGCACAGUCCCUCCAGAGCAAAGGGACGAUGGGGAAUGGAAUGCCACUGCUGAUCACAAGUACGCGCCCUCGCCCCAGGAACCAGGACCACAUCAUGACCCGAGUUCCCAGUCCAUCAGCCAUGUGCGCGCGCCAAAGGCGAGAGCAUAUUCCUCGCUGAUCGUCUGGUCCAUGUUACUUGAUUUUCCCAACACAAAAAUGGCCGGCCGGCCGGAGCAAGUGUUUCAUGUUUUCAGGCCUGUCCAUGAUCAGUCUUUACCACUUGCGCGGGAAGUCCAUAUGUAUUGAUCUACUGCGUCGCACUCGGCUGCGUACUGUUCGUGCGCGGAUGGCGCAA